GUGACGUCAAUAAAUACCAGAAUGAGAGAGCAAAGACGAAUUCAAUAAGAAAAAGAAGAAGAAUCGAACAGCUGGGGCGAAAUUGAAAGUAAUUGAACAAAUACCAGCGGGCAGCCAGCGGGUCAGUUGCUGGUAACAAUUUGCAGAACGAUUCCACGGUGAUCGUUGCAUCGUCGUCAAUUAGUGAAAUCAGUAACCAAGCUUUUAAAAUAAAGGAAAACCUCCUACUCCGCUAUACAUAUAAUUACUUUCAUUAUUUAGCUACUUUUCCGGCAGCCGCAACAAACGCUGGCCCAAGCCUGCAAAUUAUUGCCAGCAACUGGAACGCUGGCUGCCCACUGGCAUUUGUUCAACUACUUAAAAAUUCACUUUGUAAACAAACCUUCACACACAUCAAGCGGCUCAUCUGGAUGAAAUGAAAAGGCUGUUAGAUGUAAUGCAGGAACGUGCUCCCGAUGUUGAACAUCAGUUCAAAGAAAAGUCAAAUGAGUUAGAAAUGGCGCAGCUUAUCAUACGCCAGUUGUCGGAUAAGGCCAAUGUAAACCAAGGCGGCAAUCGUAUAGAGACCUUGACGUAGACGCAAUUUAUGUACGAGGAACAGAUUAGAGACUUACAAUCUAUGGUGCAGGAAUUUAUGAUGGUCACAAAAUAUAUUGGCGAAAACAUAGCAAGUGCAUAUGCCAAGUUGGAAAAAUUGACAAUGCUGGCCAAAAAGAAGAGUCUUUUUGAUGAUCGACCGCAAGAGAUUCAAGAAUUGACUUACAUCAUGGUGUAUGCGUUACAAUCUAAAUUAGCCAGCAUGGGCACCGACUUCAAACAGUUGUAUACUGUCGUACUGUUGUAUUGCAGAAACUUUAAACGGCUAAAGCUAUAUAUAUAUAAGGCAUUCGCAAGCUAACAUACAAGUUUUAUUAUAAAAUUUCACACAAUUAAAAAAUUGUUGGUGGUGAUUUAUGCAACCUCAC